AAGAGGUAGAUAUAUACACUGUGGUAGACACGGUAGAGUACCCACCAGCACACCUUCCAUAACUAAUUACCAAUCAAUUUCUAAUCUUUUCUCUCAACCUUACCAUUUUAAUAUGUAGUUUUAAGCUUGCUCUCAAAGUUAGAUAUUAUAGACUUGCUUUUAUUCCAUCUCCAUUCAUGUACUCUUGCCCACUUCAAGGCUUUGUUUUCAAUCCUAUCUCUGAGAUACGACGACCUCAGUUUGGCGCAAUGGAACAAGCAGGGUACUGGAUGUGGACUAAACGAAAACAUAGUUUGAGUUCUCAUUUUCAAUCGUCAAAUACAUAUGAUGAUUCAUGGGAAGAACAAGCUUUUGCAGAAGAUGCAGCGGGGUCUCUAGGAGGGUGCGUAUGGCCCCCAAGAUCUUAUUCCUGCAGCUUUUGUAGAAGAGAAUUUAGGUCAGCUCAAGCUCUUGGUGGUCACAUGAAUGUCCACAGGAGGGAUAGAGCUAGACUGAAGCAGUCUCCAAGUCCACAAAAUGAAAUUCAUCAUCAUGACCCAUAUCAAAAUAACAGCAAUCACCUUAAAAAUCCCUUUGCGUCUUUGAGUUUUCAAUACCCACCUCAAGUUUGUACCUUGGUUUAUAACCCUAACCCUAAUUCUGAUCUGGGUAGUAUUGCAUCACCAUCCUCACCAUCUAGGGUUUCAGCUCCACCAACCCAAGAGAAUAGUCCAGAAAAGACUUUUCUCCCUCCUUUUUCUUCUCCAAAAGCUCAGGACCACCACAAGAGGUCCCCUAUUUCUUCCCCUCAAUCAUGGUCAAACUCAGUAGCAGAGAGAUGUUACCAGACCUCUGAUCUGAAGAAUGAAAGAGAAAAGAAUUCUAGAGUUCUAGAAGCAGGAUGUAGGCAAACUGCGGAUUAUUUGAAAACCGAUUUGUCGGUGAGCAUGAAUUUGGUUGUCCGACGAACACACUCGAAUUUAUCUGAUGAAAAGGAGGAGACUGUUAGUUGCAAGAGAAGGAGAACAGAAGCAUCAUCAUUGCCUUUCUUCCUGAAGCCAAGUUCAAUUGAUGAUAAGCAUGGCCUUCAAUCAGAACAACAUGAACUCGGUCCCAGCUCGAUUGAGGACUUAGAUCUUGAGCUCAGGCUUGGUGACCCGCCUAAGGUGGAAAGUUCAAUCUAGAUCGAGUAGAUCUACUAAAGGAUAGUAUUUUUUGCGCACAUGAUCACUACAUUAUCGCGCAGUAUCAAGCCCUAUAAUGGCCAAGGAAUUCUCACUUCAGUUUAUUGCCAUACCUUG